AUGCUCCUCUCGCGUUUUGCAUCCUCGUCCUCCCGUGUCUUUACUCCUUCCCUCGCCCGCGCAAUGUCCAACGAAGUCGUCAUCGUCUCUGCCUCCCGCACACCCGUCGCAUCCUUGAACGGAUCCCUCAAAUCCUUCACCGCUCCUCAACUCGGCGCCAUUGCUCUCAAGGACGCGAUUGCGAAAGCCAAGGUCGAUCCUUCCAUCGUUGAGGAAGUCUACUUUGGAAAUGUCGUCCAGGCCGGUGUUGGUCAAUCCCCUGCUCGUCAGGUUGCCCUGGCUGCCGGCCUCCAGACGAGUUCAGACGCGACAACGAUCAACAAAGUAUGCGCGAGUGGCCUCAAGUCCAUCAUGCUCGCUGCUCAGAGCAUUAAGCUCGGUGAGCGCUCCGUGGUUGCCGCUGGUGGAACGGAGAGCAUGAGCAAUGCCCCCUUCCUGAUACCUCGUCACAACCCAGCCUUCGGCAAAUUCACAGCCAUUGAUUCCCUCGAGAAUGAUGGUCUCUGGGAUGUCUACAAUAAUUUUGCGAUGGGCAACUGUGGAGAGGCUGCUGCAGUCAAACACAACAUCAGCCGUGAAGCUGUUGACUCUCAUGCUCUGGAAUCGUACGCCCGCGCUACCCGCGCUUGGAAGGAAGGCGCCUUCGACGCUGAGGUUGUGCCAAUCACAAUCAAGGGCAAGAAGGGCGACAUCAUCGUCAAGGAGGAUGAGGAAUAUAAAAAGGUCCUCCCCGAAAAAGUCCCCUCACUCCGGUCUGCCUUCAAACAGGGUGGCAUUAUUACUGCCGCAAACUCGUCCCCUCUGAGUGAUGGCGCUUCAGCCUUGAUCCUUAUGUCUGCAGCCAAGGCCGAAGAGCUCGGUUUGAAGCCUCUCGCAAAGAUUCUCUCGUGGGCUGAUGCUGGUGUUGAUCCCAUUGACUUCCCCGAAGCACCGACAAAAGCGCUUCCCAUCGCAUUGCGGAAGGCUAACCUGACUGUAAACGACAUCGCCCAAUUCGAAUUGAAUGAAGCCUUCUCGGUCGUUGUCCGCAUUGCUGAGAAAGUUUGCAACAUUGAUCCAGCCAAAAUCAAUGUCAACGGUGGUGCUGUUGCUCUUGGACACGCCAUCGGCAAUUCUGGGUCCCGUAUCAUCGUCUCCCUUGUUCACUCGCUCAAGUCCGGUGAAUACGGCGCCGCUGGUAUCUGCAAUGGAGGAGGUGCCGCGUCGGCUCUCGUUCUCCAGAAAUUGUAA